AAUUACCCAUUGCCAAUUAUGUCCUUUUUUUUUGUAGCAAUUGCCAAUUAUGUCUUGUAGUGAUUUACAAUUUUUUUCCAUUUGCAUACAAUAUUAUGUUGAUAAACCUUACAUUAAAUAAUAGAUAAAUCAAAUAAUAGCUAAUCAAAGCUCGAAUUCGAAAUAACAAGAGCAUUUAAUUGUGAAAAAAUGGUAGUAUAAAGUAAAAUUUAUACAAUAACUUGAUUGAAGCAUGUAAUCAAAUUAUUAAUAUAUAAUUAUGAGUAAAAUAGGGAGAAUAAAAAUUAGGUGGGAAAAUGGAAAUAAAACAUGGUAGUCAGUCAAUUGGGCAAUUUUUCCAGUACGUCACCAGCCAGCACUGUCUCAGAGACUCUCACAGGGCAACCAGAGGCCAUUCCCUCUCUCUCUCUCUCGUUUAGGAAGAGCUUCCUAAACCAAAAACCCUUAGGAAGAGCGUCCGAUUUCUACAGGGAAAUUCUCCGGAUUUUCCGAGGCCGAAAAGGAAUAUUCAGCCAUGUCGCAGCUGGGAAGUGUACAAGGCAGCGGAGAAGGCAGCAUAUUUGUCGCCGGCGGCGGCGGGGGCCCGGACUUCGACUUGCCGGACAAUAUUCUGGCUGUUAUACCGGCCGACCCUUACGACCAGUUGGAUCUGGCGCGAAAGAUCACUUCCAUGGCAAUCGCUUCCCGCGUGUCGAACCUGGAAGCGGAGGUGGGAAGGAUGAAGCAGAAGAUGUACGAGAAGGAUCGAAUUGCUUACGAGCUCGAAGAGAAAGCGUCUCGAAUGCAGCGGGCGUACCGGGAGGCAGAGUCGAGGCUGAAGAUCACCCUUGACGAGAAUAUUAAACUUGCUAAGGAAAGGGAUUCGUUGGCUGCCAACGUGAAGAAGCUUGGCCGUGAUUUGGCAAAGUUGGAGAACUUCAAGAAGCAGUUGAUGCAGUCACUUAGUGAUGACAGUCCGUCGCCAACACAAACUGUUGAUAUUAGAGCAUAUGAUCAACAUGCACCAAAGGCAUAUCCUGAUAAAGAUGAAGUGUCAAAUGGAUUUGCCAGCGACAAUUCUUACAAUGGCUCUACCAACAUGAGUACAGCUGAUCAAGCUGCAAAGUCUGCUGGACAAAGAUUCUCCAUAACCCCGUACAUCACACCACGGCUUACUCCAACUGCAACCCCAGAAGUUACAUCUACCAGUGUGUCCCCUAGGAGUUAUUCUACUGCUGUGUCACCUCGGAGAGCCUCUGCUCUGACAUCUCCGACGAAAUCCCAAUAUGAGGGACAACAAACUAGCUUUUCUCCAUGGUAUCCAUCCAGUCAACAGUCUUCGGCAGCAAACUCCCCUCCUCGGGGACGCUCAAUGCCAGCACGGACUCCACGAAUUGAUGGAAAGGAGUUCUUUCGUCAGGCCAGGAGUCGCCUGUCAUAUGAGCAAUUCAGUGCAUUUCUGGCUAACAUCAAGGAACUAAAUGCCCAGAAGCAAACCCGGGAGGAAACUUUAAGGAAAGCUGAAGAGAUCUUUGGGACAGAGAAUAAAGAUCUCUUCUUAUCAUUUCAAGGAUUGCUCAACCGUAGUAGUGCUCACUGAAACUGCCUUAUGCGUAAGGCAUCCAACCUAACUAGGUAUGCUGUUCAUCGGCCACCAUCUUCAAGCUUUAUCCAUCCAUAAAAACUUCACAACGUUCCAAGCUCCAGUUUGCUAAACCUUUUACUGAAUCUAACUUAAGUUGUUGCAUCCUCAUGGCAGGUGGUACAUCGAAACAGCAGUCAGCUCCUUAUGACGAUUCAUUCGAGGAUGCACAAUCAUCGACAGUGACAUGUAUUUCAGCAAGUAGAAGUAGAAUGUUGUUAGGGCUUCACUGAAAUCAUGCAAAUGUUGUAGAUAGUCUUUACUUGGUCAACAUUGUUUUCGUUGUCGAUGAAUGAUUUUUGAUUAAUUGGAAACUUCCAUUUGACAUGAUCUUUUUGAUUUCAACAUUUGCUUCCCCUGAUUAUCCGCAGAGUGGAAUUUCUUGCAUUUGCCCUCCAGACUCCAGUCUUUUGGCUACUAAGAACGGUAAACACAGCAAAUACUAACAAAAUGAGUGUAUUAAUCAUCAGACUACACAGUAAAAAUCCUCUGCUGUACUUCCAUCAAUCAACUACUUAACUACUAUAUCCAUAAGGAACCCCUCCCUUACAAAAUCGAAGCUAGAAAAGAAAGGAUUAACCAGCAAAUCUAGUAGGAACAGAGUCCUUUUUCGAUCGCAGUUUCUUGGCUGAUAUAUGCUUCACGCACAGCAUCCAGCAUCUCGUCAAGCUGGUCGAUGUCCUGCCUGCCUCACAUCAUUGAGAUCGAUUCCAGAUCUCAGCUUUUCCUGCAAACGAGCGCAUAACCUCUCUCAACUCUCAAGCGUGAGUGUGGCUUCACGACCGAAUCCAAAUGGACCAUAAACCAGGAGUUCUUCUCCUUUGCUUUCGCCAAGAGCUCCUUUCGUUUCGCCUCGAGCUCCUUUCGUGAAAAAGAUUGAAGCGCCGAAAUCUAAGAGAGUUAAGGGCUUUCAGACGAUCGAGGAAAGGCGGGAGAUCGUUUCGGUGGUGGGGCUCUGAGAUGUCAUAUUUAUAGUCGGUGUUUUUCAAAACCAGGAAAGCCAACGCGGGCCGCAGGAAUAUCAGCGGCAGGCCCAUGGAAAUUCAGCGGGUAAAGUCCAAUAUGCCUAUCAGAGAGGGCCCAUAAGGAAACCGCUAAAUCCCCUCCGUCAGACCGAAAUGGCCCACCCAUAGCAAAACAGUGCGGACAAACCCACGGGUAGCGAGAAACGGUAUCUAAAAAACGCCGAAACGCGAAACGUUUCGGUUCUCAAAACCAAAAUCGAAACGCGAUAAAUUGACGAGAAAGUGAAAUUGACGAUAUAUCACGAUACGAGAAUAUAGCGCGAUAUUUAGACGAUAUAUUCACUUUUCUGCGAUAUGUUGACCGGGGUGAAAUCUGGUCGUUCUUUCUGGGAGCCCUGUUUGUUUCCCGGCUGCCAGCGAUGAGCGACGGCGACGGACGGGUAUUUCCUUCUCUGGGCUUCACACCUAGACCCCAGAAAGGUAAUUAAGCAUUUACACGCCC